AUGAAGCUGUUUGACGUGACCAAUGAACUGGUCAAAUCUUUUCGAAGGGUGCGCAGCCAGUUAUUAGAUCCAGCCUCCGCAAAUUUGCGACUAAGGAUUGUUGGAGCCAGGGACACAACAUCUCGCCAAUAUGAACUCCCAACAGGGGCUGAGUUAGAGGGUCUUAAGAGGAUAACAACCGUCCAUCCAAAAUAUGAUGCUUUGCAUUUCCCAGUGCUUUUCCCAUAUGGGGAGGAUGGUUUUCAUGUUGGCAUCCCAUACGACCCGGUCCACACUGCACCAACACUUAAGCGUAAGUUUGUCACUCAACGUGAAUACUAUGCUUUUCGUCUUCAACAUAGAGAUGACGAGGGCCAAACAUUGAUUCGAGGAGGCAAGGCUUUACAGCAUUAUGUUGUCGAUGCAUUUGCUACGGUUGAGCAGAAUCGUUUGUAUUAUCUUCGCUCUCACCAAGAAGAUCUUCGGUCCGAAUUGUACUAUGGGGAUGCUGUUGGCCACGUUGUCUUGCCAUCAUCAUAUACUGGUAGUCCUAGGUAUAUGAAACAAUUGUAUUUGGAUGCAAUGGCAGUUGUUCACCACCAUGGUAGCCCAGAUCUUUUUAUUACUUUUACAUGCAAACCAGAAAUUGUUGCUAGAGUUUUUAGAAUGAAACUAAACGCUUUGGAGGAUGAGUUACAUCGAUCGCACUUCUUUGGGAAAACGGUUGCAGCUGAAUUGCCAGAUCCGAUAACUGAUCCCGUUGGUUAUGAAGCAGUCACAAAGUUCAUGGUUCAUGGUCCAUGUGGUUCUGAUAAUCCAGCAAAUGUUUGUAUGAAGGAUGGUUCGUGUUCAAAGUACUUUCCAAAGGCAUUCAAUUCAGAGACAACAACAGAUCAAUUUGGGUACACAGUCUACCGUCGUCGUGAUUCGGGGAUAACAACUACGAAAGGGACCACUCAGCUUGAUAACAGAUUUGUUGUUCCGUACAAUCGGAAUUUGCUUGUGCUCUUCCAGGCCCAUAUUAAUGUGGAGGUUUGCCAUCAGGGCCGUUUGAUUAAGUACCUGUUUAAGUAUAUCACAAAAGGCCCUGACCGAAAACAGAAGUUGUCACGCAUCUUGGGUCGUGAUGCGGUUACAGAGACAACACUAACACAGUGGUUUGCCUUGAACCAACGGGAUACAGAUGCUAGAUCUUUGUUGUAUGCUCAAACUCCCAAUAGGUAUAUUUGGAAUUCGAGGACCAAAAGAUGGUCAAAGCGGAAAAGAGGUUUUUCACUUGGCAGGGUGGUUUACAUUCAUCCUGGGUGCGGGGACACCUUUUACUUGAGACAGAUAUUGACCAAGAUUCGUGGAGCUCUUAGCUAUGCUGAUCUACGAACAGUUAAUGGUUUUCCAUGUCGAACAUAUCAAGCUGCUUGCCAACGAUUGGGCCUGUUAUCUAAUGAUGAUGAAUGGCUGCUUGUGAUCAAGGAAGUUAGUCAAUGGGGGAUGUGUGGCCUUCUAAGGACGAUACUUGCACGCUUGAAAGAACUUGGUCAAGUCGUGCUUGUGGUAGCUUCUUCGGGCAUUGCUGCAACAUUACUUCCCGAUGCAAGUACAGCUCAUUCUAGAUUUAAAAUACCAUUGGAGAUCGAUCAUGCUUCUUCGUGCAAUAUAAAAAAGGGUACGCCACUUGCUCAGUUGAUAAUUGAUGCCUCGCUUAUUAUAUGGGAUGAAGCUCCGAUGGUGCAUCGAUUGUCUUUUGAAGCAGUUGAUCGAGCUUUUUGUGAUAUUAUUAGAGGACAAACAUAUUUUAGUAGUGAUACUCUGCAUACAGAUGCGACCGAUCCAGCUCGCCUUGAGGCAGAAUAUCCCACAGAAUUCCUAAACAACCUCUCCUUUAAUGGAUGUCCGGAACACCAAAUUGAUCUAAAGGUUUUCACACCAAUCAUGCUGCUCCGCAACUUGAAUCCAGACAUCGGACUGUGUAAUGGAACGCGCCUUAUGGUCAUUUAUUUGGGCCAUUAUGUUAUCAGAGGGGUCAUUAUGGGUGGAACAUUUGAUGGUAAAACUGUAGCCAUCCCAAGAAUAGUACUCAAUGUAAAUGAUCAUCGGUGGCCGUUUGUUCUGAAACGCAGGCAGUUCCCCAUCCGUCUUUGCUAUGCGAUGACGAUCAAUAAGAGCCAGGGGCAAACACUACACAGUGUUGGUGUGUAUCUCCCAAAGCCCGUCUUCAGUCAUGGCCAGUUAUAUGUUGCUAUCUCUCGAGUCAAAUCUGCUGCUGGAUUGCGUUUCCUCAUUCUUAAUGAUGAUAAGACUCCCUUCAAUCAUACUCGAAAUAUUGUUUACAGCGAAGCAUUUACCGAUCUAUAA